UUUAUUUUAUGCGCCUUGUCAGCCGCUUAGUGGAGAUGUCUGUCUGUAUCAGGGGCUGGGUUUCUAUUUUAUCCAAGAAGAGGGGAAAAUAAUAGAGUUUCAAGCAUGAAGAAAGAAAUACAUUGAGUGUACACUGACAAAUGAUGAUUUAAAAACUUUCCAAAACUUACCAUGGCUAUAAGGGAGCUCAAGGUUUGCCUUUUAGGGGACACUGGAGUUGGGAAAUCCAGCAUUGUUUGCCGAUUUGUCCAGGAUCAUUUCGAUCACAACAUAAGUCCAACCAUAGGAGCGUCAUUCCUGACCAAGACAGUGCCAUGUGGAAAUGAGCUACACAAAUUUCUAAUCUGGGAUACAGCUGGGCAGGAACGGUUUCACUCGUUAGCUCCUAUGUACUACAGAGGAUCGGCUGCUGCUGUCAUUGUCUAUGACAUUACUAAACUGGAUUCGUUCCAGACGCUGAAGAAAUGGGUGAAGGAGCUGAAGGAACACGGUCCAGAAGACAUUGUAGUAGCUAUAGCAGGGAAUAAGAAUGAUUUAGGAGACAUCAGGGAAGUUCCUAUGAAGGAAGCUAAGGAGUUUGCUGAAUCAAUUGCGGCUAUUUUCAUUGAGACGAGUGCCCGGAAUGCUGUCAAUGUUGAGGAGCUCUUUCAGAAAAUCAGUAAACAAAUUCCACCUCUGGAAAAUUCUGAGGUGGACAGCAAUGAUUCCUUUAAACUCACACGACAGCCUGCUCCAUCCACCAGGAGGUGCUGCUAGUACCAGCAGCGGCUGAUAAGAUUACUUCCUUCCGCACUAAGGACCCACCAGCACAGCAAUCCACACGGCGUCUUACCCUAGUGACAGCACAGUGAGCAGACUGAAGUUGGCCUGCACGUGUGGUUGAUUGCAACAUGAAACAGAAAAACCUGCCAGCAGUAUUAUAUGCGUCAAUCCACCAGUUUUAACAUGCAUGUUUAUUUAAUUUAUUCCUAGCAGUUUCAGAUCUGCUGAAGUCAUGAAGCAGAAAGCCUUCAGUUUGUCCCCCUCAGGUGGUGUUCUGGCUGAACUACUGUGUGGUGUGAUACAUACAGAAGCUCAUUCUAAAUUUCAACUCAUUUUAUACUCUGACUUUAAAAUUGAGCACAAAUUAAAAACAAGCGGAGCUGACCUGUUUUCUAAAGACAGGAAUUUAAUAGUUGUUUUCAUCACUCUCCUUCUCUGUAGACUAUUAUAGCACUGUGGCUCUUAAACACAUUGAAAUUCUUAAUAUCAACUUUUAGCAAGUCUAACUCCUCCACCCAUGAAGCAUUUGUGCACAUGUGCCACAUUUAAGUAAGAGGUCGAUAAGAACAAACUCAGACGAGCAUUUAUCUCUGUAGCUCAAAUGCGACAGGUUUACAUUCCUCACGUGUUUUUCACGCACAUUUGCUUUAGAAAGAUUUUAACUGUAGUGCUGCAGUGGGAACAGCUUGAAUCACAAUUACAGCAUGACACCCCCGGCUGAAACACUGUGACCAAUGCUAGAACUGUUUACAUAGUGAUUUGUUAAAGAUGUUUUCUACGUGCUGAAGUGUAUUGAGAUUUCAUUGCAGGGAACGACUGUAUACAGCUGCCAGUCGUGUUUUUGUUUUUUCAUGCAUUUUACCUGUAAAAGGGGUCACUUUUGUAUUGUUGAUAAGAGACAAGAACUGCAUGUAUUUGACUUUAAACAUGUGUGCAGCUGUUAUAUUGCAUAUACUAACCAAACUCUAAAAGAACUGUGGGAGCGCAGCCCUAACCGUUUAAACCGUUCAUCAUGCAGCACUUUGCAUAUUUACACAGUAUCAGCUGGGAGUUGCUUUAAUAGUAAAAAUGUUAACUAUUGCAGUUCUCCUUAACUUCAGCAUACAGGAGAAAUUAUUUGAAGGAACAUGAAAAUUAAUUACAAUACUGACCAAUUAGUUUUGCAUUGUCAUAGCUUACAUUUGUAGUUUACAUUUGUACUUGAGUUACUUAUUUACAUUAUAACGUGUACAGUUUUUAUCAACAGGUAUGAUGGGAUAAUAGAAUCAAAUGUUGACUUUGUAAUGCCAUAAAUAUAAUGAUAUUUACCGCCCUAUAUAUGGGAAAAUAUACCAGCCUUCAUUCAGAAAUCUUCUAGUCUGUGUGGCCUUGCUUAUCUGAAAAACAUACGGUGCAUGCAUACCUUUAGGUAUAUGACGCAGUUUUUUAGCUCAGAGGUUAAUUUGGAGCAAAUGUGCGGCAUGGGACUACAAUCUUCCACUAAAAUGCACCACUCAGUAAUUGGCUUAAGGCAAGGCAAGGCAAGGCAAAUUUAUUUGUAUAGCACAAUUCAACAA